CAUCUGCGUUUGAUAUCACAUCCUCCCUCGACAACUUGAACCGUCAACGCACCGGCCCUUCGCGUCGCCAGCAUGCUUGCACCGGUUGAAGUGCUUGCGUUCCUCGGAGCGCUGCGCGACAUUCGUGAGCUGGUGGUAGCAGUUCUGCAUCACUGCAGUCCCGCUGGUGUGGAACGCCUUCACCAGGUCGCUGACGCUGUUCGCAGCCAGCACGGAGCGGCAGAACGAGCGACCUGCUCGGUUGAAGUCACACAUGACAUGCUCCUACUCGCUCAGCUCUGUGGCCCCCAGGGCGGUAUCACGGCGCCCUGCUGCCCGCACGACCUCGCCGCCUCCCCAGCUGGCGCAGCCGCUCUAUCACUGGUGGCCUCAGCGGUGCUCGGCCCCUCGGCCCCAGCCGGCGCGGCGCUGACCCCGCACAACCUCAUCACGGCUCUGGCCAUCUCCACUACCAGCAACGUCCUGGCUGCCCGGCACUUGUGCCUAGCCGCCCUAAAUGCCUCGCUCUCGCCCUCCAACUGUUUCACGCUGCUCGCCGUCGCCGAGGCGGCGGGCGUGGCGCCGCUGCGUGACGCGGCAGAGCGCAUGUGCCUUGCCUGCGUCCCCGCCGCCACCGCGGCAGCGGCCGCCGCCGCCAAGCAGCAGGCCGCGCAGCAGCACCCCCAGCAACACCCACAACAACAGCAGCAGCAGGCUGCGGCGCAGGAGGGGCCGCAGGGCAUGGACGUGGACGAGCUGGAGGCUCCCACGCACCCACAGACACAGCUCGGCGCCUUGGCCGCUGCGAGCUCCUCGCCCUUGGAAGUUGACCUGCCCGGCUUCCGGGCGCUUCCGCAGCCGCUGCUGGAGCGGCUGCUGUGCUCCGAGGGUCUGCAGGUGGGCAGCGAGGCGGAGGUGUUCCAGGCGGUGGAGGCCUGGGCGGCGGCGGCGCCGGCGGCGCGGGCGGAGGCGCAGGGUGCGCUGGUGCGCAGCUGCGUGCGGCUGGGCGCCAUGAGCGUUCAGGAGCUGGAGGCGCUGGACCAGUCGGCAGCGGUCCUGGCCAGCAUGGAGCUGACCCGCAUUGUGGCUCAGGCGUACGUCACGUGCAUCAUGGGCGCCAGGGGGCGGGGCGGCCCGGGGCCGAGGCCCAGCGUGCUGGCGGCACAGGCGGCCGCAGCCGCAGAGGCGGCGGGCUCACGCGGCAGCUCACGCCGCGACAGCGGCGGCGGUGUGGGCGCGGCGGCGGGACCGGGUGUGGCAAUGGGGCUGCACCAGCUGCUGGCAGGGCUGCAGGCGGCGGCGCUGCCUGUGUACUGAAGGCGUGGUACAGGGAGCAGAGCAGGCGGCAGUGCCCGCUUGGAACUUGGGAGGAGUGCUGGAGAGAGCAUGUACGCAGCGGGUACUAUGGGGGCGCUUUUCGAGAAGCGGCAUGAAUUACCGCAAUGAAUGUGUGAUCUUUGACACGGCUGUGAAUCCGCUCUCAAGGCUGUGCGUGUGCGAUUGAUGAGAAAGUAGGCGAUGGCGCGCGGCAAUGAGGAACUAUGAACGCGUUGUCCACGGCCAGGGGAUGAUUCCUGCCUGUGGCUGAGGUGUUACUGUGUUGCUGUACGUUAUUUGAGUUGUGAAUGCACUAGACAGACCAGCCGCCUCCUAAGUCCCAACUGAAAGGAAGUUGGCAGGGCCGCGGCGUGUGAAGGAGAUACUUGUGUUGAGGUUGCCGCUUUGCAAUGUGUACUGCUGUAGUGACUAGUGAAAGAAUGGCUCGAACGGUACAGGUCAUUGAUGCAUGCAUGUUACAUGCUUAACUGGCCGCUGGGCCAGAACAUGAGUCCUUGCUUGGGGAUGUAACUGUCAA